CUCUUGACGAGCACUCAUCCUUUUCCUUCAAUAUGAUUCGAGAUACAUAUUGGUUUUUAUCUCUAUGGCUGAUGAUAACAGUAGCAAAUGCUAAAAGACGAUGCCUUGAGGGUGUUCGUUUGACAUCACCACUUGAUACAGAUAUUGUUACAGAAUGUGGUGACCAUGAGAUCUGUUCAGUGGAGAGAUACGUAACAAAUGAUGGUCUCAUACUGUUCAACGUUGGAUGUGAAGACCGUCAGUUAUGUGCAAGAAACAACCCAUCGAUAGUUAGACCAAUUAUAGGUAAACCACUUGUAGGCAAACGUGAAUCAACUAUUAUUUGCCACCAUUGCUGUGAUGAUAAAGAUUUAUGCAAUAUGAACAUGUGUGGAGUAGCUGUUACACUUCCCAUAGGAUCAAACAUAUGCUAUGACUGCCCUCUGGCAAUGGAUGCUAAUAAAUGCAAUCAUAUUUCAUUAUGUGACCAAGAUUCGGCAUGCUCUAUAAAACAAACACGAAAUCUGAUUGGUCAACCUCGUUGGACUCACGGUUGUUCAGAGAAAUCGCAAUGUGCAAAAAUUGCGCAAAGUAAUCCACAAGGAAUCUGUUCAUUUUGUUGUGACACGGACUUAUGUAACCGUAACUGUACCAUUAAAUCCACAAUAGCUCCUCCUACAACUACAACAACUACUACUACUACUACCACCAUUGCACCAACAACGCCUAUUCUUCAGACCGCCCCAAUUGUUCAACACUUUAAUCAGCAUCCAACCAGUAUCAAAUAUGGCGAUACAGUUUCGAUCCAAUGCAUUGCGUCAGGAAAUCCUAACCCAACAAUAGAUUUCAUGGUUAAGGGUGGCUUAUUGGGCUCAAAUGUGGCAGUAGAUCCGACUACACAUGUACUGACAAUAUCCAACUUUUUACCUCGUGAUGACGGAGAUUACAGAUGUAUUGCUGCAAACGCAUUGGGUGAUGAUCAUAAAGAUUUUCACUUACAAGCACAUUACUAAUUAAAUUGGUUGUUUGAAUAAAAUGAAAUUAUACAUGUUAUAUGUGAUAACCUUUUUAGAACAGUUCGAAUUCUUCACUUAGUAUUACCUACUCGAUGAAUAUCCGGUGAUCACUAGACGCCAACACAACUACACUAAUGUACAUAGCAACACAUGUACAUAUAAUAAUAAUCAAAUAAAUAUUUCGUGUAAACUGUUUAGGGGUUAAGAG